GGGAAAAACGGAAGUACCCGAGUUGGGGACGGACGGAACUGUACGGGGAAUGUGAAGCAAUGGCGGAGUCGGAAAACAAAGCAGAGUUAAAACGAAAAGCAGAUGAAAAUAAGGAUGGCGAAGGUAAGGAAGGAGAAGAAGAGGAAUGGGUUGGACCUAUGCCGAGCGAGGCCACGAAACCAAAGAAAAGGAAAGUUUUGGAAUUUGAGCGGGUUUACCUGGACAACCUACCAUCAGCUGCUAUGUAUGAGAGGAGCUACAUGCACAGGGACAUUAUUACACACAUAGUUUGCACCAAAACUGACUUUAUCAUCACAGCCAGCCAGGACGGCCAUGUCAAAUUCUGGAAGAAAAAAGAGGACGAAGGAAUUGAGUUUGUCAAACACUUUCGAAGUCAUUUGGGUGUCAUCGAAAGCAUUGCAGCCAGCUCUGAAGGAGCGCUUUGCUGUUCUGUUGGGGAUGAUCAGGCCAUGAAAGUGUUUGAUGUUGUCAACUUUGAUAUGAUCAAUAUGCUGAAGUUGGGAUACCAUCCAGGACAGUGUGAGUGGAUCUAUAAUCCCGGCGAUGCUAUUUCCACAGUGGCCUGCUCUGAAAAAUCCACAGGAAAAAUCUUUGUCUAUGAUGGACGGGGAAGCUAUGAGCCCAUUCAUGUGUUCGAAAAAAUGCAUUCCUCACCAUUGUCUCAAAUCCGUCUAAAUCCCAAAUUUAGAGUCAUUGUUUCUGCUGAUAAAGCUGGGAUGCUGGAAUACUGGACUGGCCUGCCAAGUGAAUUCAAGUUCCCCAGAAAUGUGGAAUGGGAAUACAAAACAGACACAGACUUGUAUGAAUUUGCGAAACACAAAACAUAUCCCACUGGCCUGACAUUUUCUCCUGAUGGGAAGAAAAUGGCUACCAUUGCUUCUGACAGGAAAGUCCGGAUCUUCCGUUUCCAAACAGGAAAACUGAUGAGAGUUUUUGAUGAGUCAUUAUCGAUGUUCACUGAGUUGCAGCAAAUGAGACAGCAGCUACCGGACAUGGAGUUUGGGAGACGGAUGGCUGUAGAGAGAGAGCUGGAAAAAGUUGAUGGCAUCAGAUUGACAAAUAUUAUAUUUGAUGAGACUGGACACUUUGUGCUCUAUGGAACCAUGCUGGGAAUCAAGGUCAUCAAUGUAGAAACCAACAGAUGUGUGCGGAUUCUUGGGAAGCUGGAGAACAUCCGUGUGGUGCAGUUGAGUUUGUUUCAGGGUGUUGCGCUGGCCAUGAAAGUGGCCCCCACUGUGGAGAUGAAGGCUUCAGACAACCCUGCGUUAGACAACGUGGAGCCUGACCCUACCAUACUGUGCACAGCAUUUAAGAAGAACCGUUUUUACAUGUUCACAAAAAGGGAGCCAGAGGAUACAAAGAGCGCAGACUCCGACAGAGACAUCUUCAAUGAGAAGCCUUCCAAAGAGGAGGUGAUGGCUGCAACACAGGCUGAGGGCCCCAAGAGAGUGUCUGACAGCGCCAUCAUUCACACCACCAUGGGAGACAUUCACAUCAAGCUCUUCCCUGUAGAAUGCCCCAAAACUGUGGAGAACUUUUGUGUCCACAGCAGGAACGGCUACUAUAACGGCCACAUAUUUCACAGAGUAAUCAAGAGCUUCAUGAUUCAGACGGGCGACCCCACAGGAACAGGCAUGGGUGGUGAGAGCAUCUGGGGCGGAGAGUUCGAGGACGAGUUCCAUGCUACGCUGAGACAUGACCGGCCGUACACACUCAGUAUGGCUAACGCGGGUGCCGGCACCAACGGCUCACAGUUUUUCAUGACUGUUGUGCCCACUCCUUGGCUGGACAAUAAGCACACUGUGUUUGGAAGAUGCAUCAAAGGCAUGGAGGUCGUCCAGAGGAUCUCGAACCUCAAAGUCAACCCCAAAACUGACAAACCAUACGAAGACAUCAGCAUCAUCAGCAUCACCAUAAAGUAGCCUUUUAUUUCCUGUACAGUGAUUUCUUUUUUUUAAACCCGUAACUCAUUAAAGAAUACUUUUUACCAGGUUUUUUAAGUAUGUUUCCUGUCUUUUAAUGUUGUUAAAGUCUCUUUAUAAACUCCAUUAGCCCAGACAGAAAACUGCCAUCAGGUCACUUCAGGUUAAUCAGUUUAUUUUACAGCAAAACAUUAUGAAUAAUUUACAAAAGCUGUUAUUGAGUCCACUGGUAACAAAGGUUUCGAUGAGCAUUGUGCUUCUGCAUUUCAUAAAUAAACAAAUGUUUUUCACAAACAAAA